AUGCCAAGUUACAUAACUGUACCAAAUUCCAAAGUUCUCGGUUCAGUACAACUGGAGAUAUCAUUCCCCGAGCCCGAAUGCCACUACAGUGUCCACCACGGCUCCUCGAAGCACGGCGAGUUGGUAACUCGAAAAGUGAACAUUGGAGAUGAGAUAUUCCACUCGUGGAACUGCAACUAUCACGGGGACCACAAGAACUACCUGUUUUGUGUGAUGGUCAAUAAUUGUACCAUUUCGGAUAGCGGGGAGGACGAGGGGGCGGCCAGGAAGAUCCAAAUAAUCGACGAGGACGGGUGUUCGGUGUUCCCCAACAUUCUACCCGAUAUCUCCUACCACGGCGACCUGUCAGCCGGUAUCAAAGUACACGCGUUCGCUUUGGAUGUGGAUACGACCGCCGUCCACUUCACCUGCAACAUCAAAAUGUUAUUCAAAGAGCACGACGUGUGCCAGCGCCCGGAAUUACUGGAAAUUCUGAAAAAAAGACUCUCUAAAGAUGCUGAUGAGACGGGUGGUGAUGACGUUGACGAUGACUCCGAGGUUGAUAAGGACGCUGAAUUGGAAUUUGGUAAUGGUUUUGUGAAAAAAUUACUGGAAAUUCUGAAAAAGAGACUCUCUAAAGAUGCUGAUGGGACGGGUGGUGAUGACGUUGACGAUGACAAGGUUUUUUUGUGUCUGGGUGGUUCCACUGCUGAAAAUUGGCACAUGUAG